AUGACCUCCCCCGAGUACCAGAGCCACUUUUCUCUCGCGAAUAUCCCAUUCGGGGUAGCCUCGUCCAAUAGUCAUCCGAGCCCGCAAUGUGUAACUCGACUGGAAAACAACAUUAUAUUUCUUGCGGACUUGCAACGGACGGGUGUCUUCGCUGAGGUAGCGAGCCUACCAGAGGUUAUCUUCGAAAAAUCCAGCCUCAAUGAGUACGCGGCUUUGCCAAAGAGCACCCAGCGUGAGGUCCGCACGGUGUUACAAGAGACACUGGCUAAACCCCUGCCAACGGGUUUCACCGAAGACAUUAGUGCAGUGACGCUUCAUAUGCCUGUCGCUGUAGGCGGGUUUACAGACUUCUCGUGCAGCCUGCACCACGUUCGGAACGCAGGCCGAGCCAUCCUUAAUGACGAGUCCCCUCCUCCCGGCUUCUUCAACUUUCCAAUCGGAUACAAUGGCCGAGCAAGUACCAUUUUUGUCUCGGGUACUCCGGUGAUCCGGCCGCAAGGGCAUUUCUUUGAUCGCUCUGCGCCAACGGAGAAGAAGCCCAUUGUGUAUGGUCCAUCUCAAGCCCUGGACUAUGAACUAGAAAUUGGUGUCAUCGUUGGCAAGGGACUUUCACGCCUGCAAGGAUUGAACGCCAAAGAUGCAGACGAGCACAUUUUCGGCUUCGUCAUUCUGAAUGACUGGAGCGCACGCGAUAUUCAAGGAUGCGAGAUGAUUCCAUUGGGACCGCUGAACGGCAAGUCCUUUGGAACAAGCAUUUCACCCUGGAUUGUGACAUUGGAUGCCCUGGAGCCAUUCAAGGUCCCGGGUCCGAAGCCCGAGACUGUGCUGGCAAGCCAUCUCGAAGAUAUCGAUGCGUCUAGCUAUGCCAUUGACUUGAAAGUGGAAAUCCUAACAGGAACACAAGCGACCACAGUCACCGAGUCAAAGGCACAAGAUUUGCACUGGAGCGGACGUCAAAUGGCCGCCCAUCUUGCCAGCACUGGAGCCGACAUCCAGACUGGAGAUAUCAUUGGCACAGGCACGGUCAGCGGCCCAGUCGACGGCAGCUACGGUUGUCUGCUUGAAAUUACCAAAGCUGGCAAGGAACCAAUCACUCUAGUCGAUGGUUCAAAGAGGCACUUCUUGUUAGACGGGGAUGUAGUUCGCAUGACAGCUGUGGUGGGUGACCCUGGUUCUGGAAUCGGAUUUGGCGAGUGCGUUGGUGAGAUUCAGCCCUCGAUGAAGCUUUAA